AUGGUGACAAAGAUCAUCGCUUCUGGGAAGGACCGCGCCACAGCGAUCAGAAAAAUAUCUCUGGCUCUGGAGAAACCUACCGUCAUUGGCGUAGAGAUGAAUCUCCGGUAUUUGCCGCAAACUAUGACUUGGAACGCUUUCACUACUGGAGAAUUAACGACAAAUACAUUUAACAGGUUUCCAUCCCAAGCCGAGGGGGUUGAGACCAUUGAAGCUGGGUCUGAUACGCAUAUACAUGUCGUUCCAGAACGCCAAGGGCUGUGCCACAUUGGUGACCCGCCCUCUCGCCCAAUGGAUUCCUACUCUUUCCGCCUCGCUAACAAAGUAGUUGGCAAUGAGGACGGUGCCCUAGUCUUUGAAUACUCAAUACAAGGUCAUACUCCGCUGUUCCAUUGCCAGGCCACUGUUGCUGUUGUUGGUGCCAAUUCGCCUGUAUUCGUCGACGGCGCAUGA